AAAUUAGCCCAUAUACAAAUUUAUCCACCCCACCCCCCAUUUAUUUUGGGCGAAACCAUCAGCAGCAAGCUCUGGAAAAGUUUAAAAUCAAACGGCCAAACCCUCACAAAACCCUCGCCUAUCCUCCCCGUUGAAUCCAAUUGAUAUCACAAUUAGCGAAUUAACAGCAAAUCGAAUCGUAUUAAACCCUAGAAACACUUUAUAUGGCCAAGGCCGAGAAGAAGGGCACUGUAACAUCACUCGCCUCACUCUUCCCCCCAGACGAAGCUCGCAAAGCCUCGCAGCGCGUUCUCGACACGCUCGUCGAGCACGAGAGAGAGCUUCAUCAGCUCAACCAGUUCGUCUCCGAUAACAACAAUGUAAUCGACCUUGUUCAGCGACUUCCCGAACAGCUUCACCACGAUAUUAUGGUUCCGUUUGGUAAGGCGGCUUUUUUUCCCGGGCGUAUAAUUCAUACUAAUGAGUUCAAGGUUCUCUUAGGAGAAAAUUACUAUGUCGACAGAACAUCUAAACAGACGACUGAGAUUUUAAAGAGAAGAGGAAACACUUUACAAUCACAAGUGGAUUCGAUUAAAGCUGUAAUGCAAGAUCUCAAGGCUGAAGCUUCAUUUUUUGAUGCAACAGCCUCUGAGGCUGCAGAAGGUCUUGUAGAGAUACGAGAAGACUAUAUCGAGGAAGCUUCUUCAGAAACUGUCUCACAUGCAGACAUGAAGACUGCAGAUGAAGAUGAAGAAUAUGCUCGUCUAUUCUCCAGAAUGGAUGAGCUUGAGAAAGAAGAACUUGAGGCUGAAAAUGGUGAUGAAUGUGAGUCAGAGGAUGGUGAUGUGAAAGACCUCGGAAAUCAGGUUUCCUUGGAUAACAGAGUAAAGAAUUUAGAGCAUGAAGCUUCGAAGGUUCAACCUGCAUCCAAAGUUUUACCUCGGACAAGUGAACAUUCAAAGGUUCAACCUGCAACCAAAGUUUUGCCUCACAGUAGUGAACGUUCAAAGCUUCAACCUGCACUUAAAGGUGGACCGCAUAACACACAUACAGCUAUGAGCAAACCAAGUAUAUCUGACAAGGAACAGAGAAUCCAGCUGCAAACCACACCUACAAAUGAGGGAUCUGUUCGUCCUACUGAAGCGGACUUUGAUGGUAGCAAGGCUUUUACAGGUUCAAUUGUGGAGCACACACACAACACAGACAGUAAUCUAAGAGGACAGUCUAAUUCCAGCAAAAAGACAGUUUCAAGAUUUAAGAUGCAAAGAAUGCAGCAUUGAAAGUGUCCAAGCAUAUUUGGUGGACAUGUGCUGGUUGCUGAUAGCAUUAAGUUUUAUAACUACUGUAAUAGCAAUUUGGACAGUACUUUCUUUGUGCAAAACUUUGGGGGCGUUUGUGGGUGGAAAUGAGAAUCGGGAUUGAGAAUGAGAUAAUGGAGGGUAUGAGAAUGGGUAUCCAUGAGCUGUGAAGGGAAUGAUUAUCCCCUAAAUGAGAAUGAUAACGAGAUUCCCAUUUUGCUAAUCGAUACAUCAACACAUGUGUUUGAGAUUUUCA